GUUUACUUGCACGUACACCUGUCUCCAAUAAGUGCCAAAAUGGCGCUGUUCGCUUUAUCUCAUUAGACACAGUAGUCGUAGUUAUCUCACAUAACUUCCUUUGUUAUGGCUUUGUUAACUAUUAAAUUUUAAUAAUUGACGAGAACGUCGCAUUCUACAUUAUUCCUGAGUUAAUGUCAAAAUGAACAUUCGGUGUGCACGUCCAAGCGACCUUAUGAAUAUGCAGCAUUGCAAUUUGCUGUGUCUACCUGAGAACUAUCAGAUGAAAUAUUACUUCUAUCAUGGUCUCUCUUGGCCACAACUGAGCUAUGUAGCUGAAGAUGAAAAAGGGCACAUUGUAGGCUAUGUGCUGGCAAAAAUGGAGGAGGAUGGAGAAGAUAAUCGUCAUGGACAUAUCACUUCCUUAGCAGUGAAGAGAUCACACAGGCGACUUGGUCUUGCACAAAAACUUAUGAACCAAGCUUCACUGGCUAUGGUUGAAUGUUUCCAGGCGAAAUAUGUAUCACUUCAUGUGAGAAAAAGCAACAGAGCUGCUCUCAAUCUUUACACAAACUCUUUAGGUUUUAAAAUUCUCGAAAUAGAACCUAAGUAUUAUGCGGAUGGCGAGGAUGCAUUCUCUAUGAUGAGGGAUCUUAGUGCUUUUGCUGCAGAAAACAAGACGGAUGGUGAUAAUCUGGAAAUUAAGUCUGAAUCCGCUAUAGUGUCACAGUGUUAAAUGGAAUCAUUAAAUAUUUGACAAGCAA